GUCACGUGCUUGUGCGGGUGGGGGCGGAAGUGGAGCUCUUGUCUUCCUUUCCCAUCCCACCCCACCUUCGCUCGGAUACUGAAUGGAACUGGCGCUGCGGAGCCCCCCCUCACUGCCUUUAACAGUCAGUCCUUCAGGACAGCAAUGGAUCACGCUGGAGCCACUGAGGGCCCUGGACAAGCCAGAAGACCCUCCAGUUCGUCCUCUGGGACACCCAUGGGUGCCGAGGGACAAACAGCACAGAGGCCCAAAGUAAAGAUAACUCCCUUCCACAGCUCACCCAUAGCCAGUAGUGAUGGAGGUCAUCGCAGCAAACGAUCAGGAGCAGUUUUUGGGAAACCACUGGCAUCUCCUGGCAGCCUGUUUCUGGACACACCUGGUGGGCUGACUGCUCCACCUGUUGGACAGAGACUUGCUGCUUCUGCUGCUGCUGCUGCUGCUGCUGCUUCUGCUGCUGCUGUUGCUUCGGCUUCUGCUGGGAGCCCAGAGGGACAAACUCACAGUUCAGGCACUUUAUUCGCCACUACAGGAGAAAAAACACCUGUUGUCAAGCCUGGAGGCAAGAAGGCCCCAAAGUCAAGCCUGAUACAUUCACAGAUGUCUGGACCACCAUCUAACACUGAGCUUUGUCACAGCCAGAAAGGCAAAGAGGGGAAAGCUGUCUUCACGUCCAUGAAACCUCAGUCAGCUGUGAAGAGGAAGAAGAGGAAGAUGGGAAUGUACAACCUGGUCCCCAAGAAGAAAGCCAAGGCCCUUAAACAGCAGGAGAAGAAAGAGCAGCCAGGAGCCUGCGUGGAGAAGAACCCAGCUGUAGCAGAGGAGAAGCCAGUAAUUCUACCAGAGACUCUGAAUACUGUCAGAAAUGAAAUGCUGCUGGAGGUUGAACCUGGAGAUGGCAGCCAUGUUGAAUACACUGAGCUGGCUUUGGACUAUCUGGACCUUAAAGCUCAGGAAGAGCUGCUCUUACCCCCCCUGUCAGGUGUAGCAGCAAAUGCUGAGGUGACAGAAACAGACUUGGCUGAGGAGUUACCGCUGUGCUGCUGUCGGAUGGAGACUCCUCACAGUGUAGGCAGCCUGUCCACACUGGAUCAGACCUGCAUGGCCAUGGAGAGCAUGGAUGGAAUGCUGAGUCGUUGCCAGAGGCGUGUGAUGAAGCAGGAAAUGAUGCGACCCUCGAACACGGUCCAUCUGCUGGUUCUGUGUGAGGACCACCGGGCUGGCAUGGUCAAGCACCAGUGCUGCCCUGGCUGUGGACUCUUCUGCAGGGCGGGCACCUUCAUGGAGUGCAGGCCACAUGGCAGCAUCUCCCACCGCUUUCACCGCGACUGUGCCUCCAUUUUGAAGGAUCUCAAGUUUUGCCCCCACUGCGGAGAGGAUGCCAGCGGGGCAAAGGAGAUCACAAUGUUAAAGGCUGCACCGUCACCCUCUGUACCCAGAUCCAAGCCCGGGCCAUCACUUCCAGCUGUUCCCACUGUAGCCACCCUGCCAUCCGUACCAACCACGCCUGCUGUUCCACAGAUACUCAGAGCUAAGAAGACCAGCAAGCCACAGAGGAGCAGAGAUGAGAGCCCGAGCAGUUUAGAGGGCGAGGCUGUGUGUGCUGCAGAUAGAGUACCUAAAGAGUCACUGGAGAAUAUUCUAAUGGCACUGGAUGAUGAGAACCUGAAACCAAAGAAAGUGAAGUAUCCAACUAGACAACUGUACAUCUCUGCAAAACAAGGAGAGCUCCAGAAGGUCAUUCAUCUCCUAGUUGCUGGGAAGGACCCCAACUUUUCGAUGGAGGGCCAAAACAGAGGCACCCCCCUUCAUGCAGCAGCUGCUGAGGGUCACCAAGAGAUCUGCCACAUGCUGGUCCAGGCUGGAGCCAACCUGGACAUGUUUGAUGAGGAGCAGAGAACACCACUGAUGGCGGCCUGUGAAAACAACCAUUUGGACACAGUGAAGUACCUGCUGAGAGCUGGAGCAGCUGUCAGCCACAAGGAUGUCAUGGGAUUCACCUGUCUGCAUUUGGCAGCUAAAUUGGGACAUUAUGAUAUAGUCCAUCAUCUGCUCUCCAAGGCUUCCAAAUUCAUCAACUGUCAGGAUGCUGGUGGAUGGACCGCCAUCACCUGGGCCAUCGAGUACAAGCACAAGGAGCUGGUCCACCUGCUGCUGGCCAGAGGGGCCGAUGUAAACAUCAGGGACAAGGAAGAGAAUGUCUGCCUGCACUGGGCGGCUUUGUCGGGCUGUGAUGACAUCGCUCAAGCUCUGCUGGAGGCUCGAUGCGACCUCAGUGCUGUCAACGUUCACGGUGACUCACCGCUUCAUGUUGCUGUGAGAGAGAACCACCUGGAGUGUGUGAUGUUGUUUCUGUCUCGUGGAGCUGACGUCAAUCAGAGGAACAGGGAGGGAGAGACUGUUUUGGACUGCUGCGUCUACGGCUCCAAGGUGUGGACAGCCCUCAACACCAACAAAAAGCUGACUGAUGCCAGGAGAGCCAGGGACUUUCAUGGAGAAAGAGUGCUCAGCAGGGACAUUUCUCGGGGGUACGAGGCAGUUCCUAUCACCUGUGUCAAUGGUGUUGACAACGAGCCGUGCCCUGAAAAUUUUAAAUAUGUACCAGACAACUGUGUCACCUCCUCACUGAACAUAGACAAGGACAUCACUCACUUACAGCACUGCAGCUGUACAGAUGACUGCUCAUCCAGUGCCUGCAUGUGUGGUCAGCUCAGUCUACGAUGUUGGUAUGACAGCGAGGGUCAACUACCACUGGACUUCUGUCAGCGGGAGCCCCCAGUGCUGUUUGAGUGUAACCACAUCUGCUCUUGCUGGAAAACCUGCAGGAACCGAGUGGUCCAGAAUGGACUGAGAGCCCGGCUGCAGGUCUUCAGGACACAGAAGAUGGGCUGGGGAGUGAGGGCCAUGCAGGAUAUCCGUCAAGGAACAUUCAUUUGCGAGUAUGUCGGGGAGAUCAUCACUGACGCAGAGGCCGACAAAAGGGAGAAUGACUCUUUCCUCUUCACCCUUGACAAUAAG